AUGGCGACUCUGCCAGCCAAUUCUCUGCUUGCACGGUCACGUCAACCGCGAUCGGGCCCGUCGACCAAGACCCUGAGCGCACCCCUCAACGCUUCGAUAUCUACGAGUACCGCGCCUACCACCAAUGCCUCCCUCUUUCUGACCAAUCUUCGCCUGUUGGACUUUCCCUCGUUUCCAGACUGGCCAGACUUCGAUGCGCAGACUUUUUCUGUGCAGAAAAAGCGCAUCCACUGCGUAGAAUGGACUCUCUACCAGCUCUUUGUGCUCUGGGACCCGGAAGAGGCGCGGAAUAAGCUUCAACCUUUCUUUCCGCCCCGAGACCAUGUUCAAUCCUUGAACCUACGAGCCGCCCUCCUGCGAAGCCUCGACCAGGCCAAGAAGAAUGGAGUCCUCGGACGAGACGCCGUGGUUCGCAAGACCAUGCUGGACGAAUGCAAAGGGGAGAGAUUGGAAGAAGUUCUUGCCGUCUUCUCGUCCGCUGUUUUGAAAAAGAUGGUGGCCGAAGUGACAGAAGCCGAGCACGAGCAUCCAGCUAUCGCCCAGCAAGUUGCGUUGGAAAAUCGGGGAUACAGUGCCGAACGGACGGAGCUUGUGACUCUUGCGCUUGCUCAUAGAGCCUGCAUCACCAAUGCUUUGCGGAAGAAAGAUGAGGCCAGGAAAAGAUAUCGCGGUCUUGCUGAGGUGUUGAACCAGAAAGAGAAAGGCAUUGCACGGAGGAAGGAGGAGAUCAAAGCCGCUGAACAACUAACAAGUGCUCGAGCCCUGCCAGACAAUCUCAAAUCGGACACAUGGAGGACGGUGCGCACGAACUGGGCUGGGAAUGAGAAAUGGAUGGAGACUCUUCUCUACGGUGACUCCAACGCCCGGAAGGAUGGUCUAUUGUCGGCUCCCUUUGACAGAGUCUGGCGGCGCUUGGAGUCUGGCCGACUUACCGAAUUGGAGACCCACGAUACAGGCCUUUUGGAGCAAUUGGACGACCGUGUCAGAACACAAAGAGAGAGACUUGUGAGAUGGCAGGAAUUUCGAGCCGACAUGUUUGGCGAACGACGCAAAGCCAGUACGUCUAAGACGUCACAGCCGACGAGAGCAAGACGUGGCAUCGACUUCGAGUUCGACUCACAUGAGAGCUUGCAUCUGGGAGGGACGAGCCCGAAAAAGCAGCUUGCAAAGAAGGGCACUUCAUUGACAAGGAAUUAUUCCAAUCUUUUGGAUGACUGUCUGGCAGAAUUGGCUGAAGUAGGCUCCUUGCCUGUGGUUAAGCUCACUGACACGUUGGGCCCACGGACUCGCCAACACGAGAAGCUAGAUGGAAUUCUGGCUACGAGGGAAAGCCUCGGAGACGAGACGAUUUCAGAACUCAGCGAAUUAGAGGACGAUCUGCAUGGAACAAACAACUUGCCGCGGCGUCCGUCGCUGCAGGAGCCCCAUCCCAGACGGCUCGAACGUCCCGCCAUCAACAUUUCUUCUCGGACCAGCAGCUCUGACCUACCAGCCCCGUUACCUAGCCCGUUACUACUACCGCCAGAGUCGCAAGAUGAAUUGGCUAUACCUCCGCCGACCCCCCCUCUACCGGACGAGGAUGACAUUACGGAGACGAUCCCCAACCGUGUUAUAACUCCGCCCCUAGAAGAACAAGGGGAGGCGGAUGUUCCGUUUGAAAGGGAAGAUAGCUCACCCGAGCCGCCCAAAUCACCAACACAAGAGCUGGCAGACCAGAUCUUAAAGGACAUGGACGUUGCAUCCCCGUCGCCUGUCAAGCGCUCCAAACCACGUCAUACCUUGUCCCUCGCAGAGCGGACGCGGUUGUCGAUGGCUCGGUCCUCGCGUAGCGUCAGAUACGACCCAGACGACGAGGAAGACGACACGCUGACUCUGAGACCAUCCUUCGCCAGUGCUAAUCGCCGGACUGGGGAAGUUACGAUUCGCGUGACUGAUGAGGACGACCUGGUAGCUCGCACACGCAAGAGCAUGGUUGGGUUUGAGGCCGCCCACCAAAAAGCACAACUGGACAGACAAAAAUCGCUAAAGAAGUCACGGCCUCGAGCCCGAACCGAGAGCCAGAUCCCCGUCGUUGAGGAGGAGACGAUGGAACUGGACCCUGAUGCAUCGAUACUUGCCGAGGAGCUGAUGGCUGUUGAAGACAUGGAGGCUGUAUUCCGUAGCCGGCCAAGGAUCAAGACAAGCCCGGCCCCCUCACCGUCCAGGAAACCACUGGAGAAGCCUCUGUAG